GGCCCUGAGGGCCGGCGGGGCAGCAUGCUGCCCUCCCUGCCCACCCUCAGCGUGCUCGUUCCCCUGCUCUCCCUGGCAGGCCUCUUCUACUCGGCCAGCGUGGACGAGACCUUCCCACAGGGCUGCACCAGCACGAGCAGCCUGUGUUUCUACAGCCUCCUCCUCCCCGUCACCAUACCGGUUUAUGUGUUCUUCCACCUCUGGACCUGGAUGGGGAUUAAGCUUUUCAGGCACAACUAGCGCAAAGCCAGUGCUAACCCCGGGGUUUCUCUAAAGCAGCGCCGCUUAUUUAAUCUCGCCAGGUAUUGCAAUCGAUUUGUAGCCCCCUGCCAGCACUAGAGACUGUUGUCUCUUUUCCCAGCACUAUCUGCAAGCGUGCGUGAAGUGCUCUGUAGCAAGCCCGCCACUUAAUUAGUGCUAAGGAAGAUCCAGAGGAGGACUAACGAGAAGCAUUAAUUCUUUCUAGUGUGUCCCUUCGAGAGUGUUGUGUGUGUAACAGUGCUACUGAAAAUCUUCUAGGUGGUGGUGAUCUUUACUAGGAAGGACUGUGUCCUGACUGAAAUAACUGAUUUUUUCUUUUUAAACAGCAAGUGAUGACAACCUGCAGUGAUAUGAGCCUACCUGAGUUAUCAGCAGUGGGUUCAUUUAUAUGUCUUGAACUGAUGAGCGUAUUGAAAUGCAUUUGUCUUGCUGUUGGAAAAAUGUAAAAUAAACUAGGUUGAUGUUUAAUAACAAAACUUGAGUUAAAUGAAGAAAUUUACUUGGAUGAUACCCAUAUGUGUACAUCCCACAGCUGCUUUUUUUUUUCUUUCAAAGAUGAGGAAAUGAAAAGACAACAAAGAACUAUGUUCUUGGCAUAGUCUGACAAAAUGUCCUAGUAGGACACAGCUAUGAAGUGGACAGGUUAAUGCCACACUAGUCUAUUGCAAAGGAUUCUUGUUUGUAUUUUUUACUGGGUAGUUUAUAUUUGCAAAAUAAACACAUGAGUGGCCUUAACUACUGAAAGUUCAGGAAUGCAGCACCAAGUUGUAAGCAUCAGAGCUUAGUAUCUCUUGGUGGCUUAUUUAAUAAAGCAAUCAAAUUGAUCGGGCUACUGCUGGGCCAAUAACGCUGUGAUGCAUGGUAUGAAAAGCAAUGCGCAGAAGAUAAAUAUUCAAAGGCUGGCUUUAGUUAAGUGCAGCUAAUUUGUUAAGGCUCCUUGUACAAUCAGUGGAGUGAGAGAUUCAUCUAGAGGAUAGUGCAGAGCACAAGCCUUAUUGCCUCUAUAUUACAAAAAAAAAAAAAAAGCCUAUUUCAGCUGAUGUAGUGAGAAGCAGGGGAAGGAAAGAUAGCCCAAGGAGCCCUUUGUGAGUCUGCUCCUAAGUGCAUAGUGCCUGCUUCUUGCCAGUUCUGGCUGGCAAGAAGGCUCACUUGAUAAGAACCAGAAGAGAGUUGGAGGGCACUGUGUUUGAUAGAUCCUGCAGUACAGGUCUGAUAGCAGACUGCGACAGCCCUUGCGUUAGUGACUGAGAACAAAAGCACGUGGUCCCUGAGCUGAACUCAGCUCUGGGCUGGUGCCUUGCUCCCAUUUCAGCCAUCUAAUUGCUUUUGCAGGGCAGGGCUAGCACUGCAAUACCUGGAGAGAAUAUGGCUGCCAGAACAUUUGUAUAGGGAAACCAGAAAUUCAAGUCACACAAAGAAAACAGCAUUAUAAUCAAUGUUUCUUCUCUCUGUUCUUGGCACUAUCCUUUCCCUUCAGGCACCAUGGCUUUUGUGACCACGUCAGUCGCUGGCCUCUAAUGCUGACUGCUUGGCCACCAGCUUUUCACUUACAGCAGACUAGCCUAGAGUCUUUACAGUAAGUCCAGCAGUAACAGGCUUGAUUGCCAAUUAAAGUCUCCUGAGCCACCCAACUAUAUCACCCCAAAGCAACUUCACAGUAAAUAAAGCUGCCGUUCACCUUAGUGCUUAACUUAGGCACACCAAGCUUGAUGUCUACCUGCAAUAAGAACGUAGGAUCUUGCCCUCCAGAUUUAUUCUACGUUUCCAGUGGAAUAUUGUUUAAUAAUAAUUUGAGGGCAAGAUUUUUUGUUAUAUGCUCACUGAAUACGGUAAACCUUUCUUACAAUACUUCAGUAACACUGCAGAGAAAACUCUGCAGUAAGGUA